AUGUUAGCUGACGAGACAAUCACGUGCCUGACUUUCUGUCGCCUGUCUGCUAAAAAGGUUCUAGUUCCCGGAAGCUUGAAGCUCGCUGAUUUAAAGAUAGUUUUGAAAGCUCACCCGGAUUUCAAUGACAUCAGAGACGACACCAUUCUGCAGAUUAAGGACAAAGACUUCGACGAGUAUGUGGACAUUGAGGACAACAGGAUUCUGGAUGAUAAAUCCAAGAUCAUUUAUCCUCAAUGUAUGGUGACUCAAGCGGGGAAUUUCAAUGACAAGACCUGCACUGCUGUCGUGGAGCCAGUAGCACCGUCGUCAGGUGUCCUGACGGCGGUGACCACAGCAAUUACACCGGCUACCGGAAGUCCUGUUGACAUUCGAGCUAGGCUGGUUACCCUGACCAAGGGCAGCAUUCUUGAUCCACUUCGGCAUCGUAUCAUCGAGUGGCUGUACUACGACCUGUGCACAUAUACCACGUAA